CCAGCCCUCUGUUAUUUGUUCUGCCAUCUCUCUCUGAGGUUUUAGGGUUUUGCAGAGCGUGCCUCUCUCUUUCUCUCUCUCUCAAGGUGUUUAUCGAAUUAGAAAGCACUAAAGUCCAUGGAUCCUUCAGUCAUGCAAAACCCUGAGCUGGCCAGCAUCAUAAAUCAAGAGCAGCAAAGGGCGAUGGUCAAUGAGAUGGUGGGAAAGCUUACGAGUGCAUGCUGGGACAAGUGCAUCACCUCUACACCAGGGAGCAAGUUCAGUUCCAGUGAAACAGCUUGCCUCUCAAAUUGUGCCCGGCGCUAUUUGGAUAUGAGUAUGAUUAUUAUGAAGCGUUUUCAGAACAUGCAAUGAAGACCUAGAAGUUUGACAUGCCUACUCAAUUGCAAGAUGUGGACCCUUUUGCUUCUGGCGUUAGUUAUAUGUCAGUUGAAAAUGUUAUGUAAUUUGGAAACAGAUUUCCCCCGUUUCAUUUUUACUUGGAAUUACUGUAUUGGAUCUUUUCCAGCAGUCUCACCAAAAAGUAUCUUUCUUGAAUAUCUGAUAUUCUGAUGAAUGAGAAAUGUCCAGAUUUUGAAUAAUCAA